UUCCAUGUCCACCAACCCGGUUAACGCGCCGGACAUUCGCUUUUCAUGCUCUUGAUUUCGUAAACAACUACCCCGCUGAGAGAAGGCAGUGAGUAGGAUUUCCCUGGCAGAGGCUAUAUACGCGCGGUCAUAUCAGAUCAUUUCGAGAGGGAGAGCGGACUCUCCUCCCUCUCGGCCGUACCAGAGCAUUUGGGGGCAUCUUCCACAUAAUUCCGUUUAUUAGUCCUAAUGCUGCCUUUCACUCGCUUGUUUGCCUCUGUAUUUAGCCUGUGCCUUGACCCUCUCUGCUGUUGUUGACUGGUGUCUUCCUGUCCUUGCUUUGUUGAAUCGUGCUUAGGGUAUCAACAGAAAUCCGCUCUUUAUGACAGUGCUUCUUGCGGACCAGCACCUCUUGGUAUGUUCAUGUUACUGCAUAUAAUCCAUUUCCAUAGUAGUUUUCUCUUUUAGUGGAACUUAUUAGAAGUUAUGUUGAAUCCUUUUAGUUUAUAUGUCAGUAUCUCGAAUGAAGGCUGUAUUAAACUUUUGUGAUGCUGUUUUUCCCGUGUUUCUUUGGCCUUAAUUUUAUAUUUGCAAUUAUCAGGAGCUAUAUCAGCUCCUCUCUUCGUUCUUACGACAAUGGUGACACGUAUAACCAUUUUUUCAUAAGCCCACAGAUUUAUAAAUCCCUCACAGUUCUCGUUCCUUUCUCCUUGUCCCUGUUAUCCCAUGAUGUUAUACGCGAUAUUGUCCAUUUUCACCUUGGCGUUUAAUUUUUCCAUCAGGAAGGUUCGGCCCUUUCCUCGGUAUUUCUCUACAAGCGACUACAACCUAUUCUAAAACUAAUCUCCAUCGUUCCCACUGAUAUCAUAGCUGGGCUCAUGGUGCUGGGUGACAUUGCAAUCCACGUUUUCUUUGUUUUCAAGAAUGUUUUUAUGGCCCUAGGUCUAUGAGAAUCCCACCUUAUAAAUGCUUGCUACACAUCUCUGGAUAGCAUCAUUGCUACUCCUUUUGCAUGCCAGACAUUUUACUCUUCAUGACCAGAAUACAGUAGCACCUCUCUCGAGACUAAUGUUAUAUGUCGUACUUGCGUCCUAUGAGUUUCAUUUAAUUCAAGCACUGCCCAGGUUGUAUGUUCUCAUUCUCUCAGCUAACUGAAUAACUCCCAGUCUCCUACAUUGUGCGAACAUCCCAUGUAUUUGUGUUAGUUACUGUUCUAGUUGUCAGAAGGGGGCAUCUAUCGAAUGACUUUCGGAGAAUCUCGAGUCUCACCAUGAGGCGCCAAACUCGUCUAUGUGAAGCCCCUUAAAUUCCCAGGGCAGAGUUAAAUGUCCGAAUUGAUUUUCUUGCAGAAAACCUGCAGAGUGAAAUUAUGUAACUGGUGAGGUAGGUUCUGUUAAAGAAUCUAAAAUAUGAUACUUUGCGACUACUUUCGUUUCUUACCACUGUGAAAAUAGCAAAUCGGCAUUAUCUUCUUAAAUGUUUUGAUUCAUUAAUAAAAGUCUUGGUCGUUCAUGUUGGUAAACAAAUGUGCCGACAGCCUGACUGUAAACUAAAUCGACUCCUACUUAAAUUAUUCAGGCAAGGAAUAUACUACUUGGAACGAUUUCACGUAUAACCGCUUAGGCAAUUAGUUGAGACAACGGGUUUCAAAGUUCAGUAUAUCGACUGAAUACAUUCGUAAUUGUUCUUUGGUGGAUACCAACAUAGUUCUAAUUUUCAACUGACAAGAUGAAGAUAAAGGUGUCAGACAAUAACACUUAUUCACCCUCAAUCAAUGUUUUAAUUUGAGCAAUCAUUUUUGUUUAAGAAUCUAUAAUCUACUGAGUUAUUUGUCAUUUGAUAAUUCCAUUUCGUUUCUGAAGAUCACCUCUUAACUAGUUCAGCUAGAAAUUGUAUUAUUCUUUUAGUUUAGUGGCUUGUUUCCUAACUGUGAUUCCAAAAACAACUAAACUGAUAUCAUGAAAAUUUCAGGGUAAAUAAAUCGUAUACCCUUUUAAAAUACUUUUCCCGACAAUACACUUGUCAUAUAUCCGUUUCUAUUGUUUCAAGCAUCUUCAUAUACCAAGUUCUUCAAAUGCCUCAUCGUUUCAUAUGUUGCUAGUAUCAUGUCAGGACACGAUUUGACCGAAUUUAAUUCGUCGACAGUCACCGGGCAGGUCACUUAGGGAUUUCAAAGCACAAGGGAUCUCACACAUUUGGUGUUCUCACUAAUACAUGAGGUUUACAGUAGUUUUGGCUUCGAAAUAUCUUUUCAGUCUUCACAGCCAUCACUGAAACGCUUGCGUUGUCUAAAAAGAACUUUUCUUCAAUGUGUUUUUGAAAUUAAUAGCCGGUUACAGUUUAUGAAUUUCCAAAUAGCUUCCCCAAGUUUCAUCCGAAAUUUAAAGUUCAGUUGCUCAUAUAACGUUCAAGCAGACCAUGUCCAUCUAAACGUUGAAAUGAAGUUUAUUAUCUGUGACUUCAUAUAAGCGGAAGCCGCAUCAACGCACAUAACAGCAGUGUGCAUACACGAGUUAUUUCAAUGUAAAAAUGUACUGUUGUCUGGAUUUUCCUAUCACCAUUAUAUAAUUCAAAUGAUGGAAUUUAUAUUGACUAUCAUAAUCAUUCUAACUGAUUUGAAUAUUAUUUCAGUUUAACAAUCAGAUUGGAGUUUAGAUAAUAAUGGAUAAAUGUUUCCAUUUCCAAGGUUCCUUUAAAAUUUAGUGACAAAUAUUUUGACGCUAUUCGGGAACCAUUAUUUAUACCAUUUGACCAUGAGUUAUCACUGAAUUCUCAUUAAAUAUUGACUUGCAAGUAGCGAAUCAACUAUUGUUACUCUCAGUUGUCCUACAAUUAUUAUGAUUUUUUUUCGAAAUCAUACUUGGAAAUCCGUCGAAUGAUCAUUGGAUUCGUACAGUUAAAGAUUAUAAGUGUUAAUAAAGUGGAUUGUCACCUUUCCUACCGUGAAUUUUCAAAAUAGUUUUCAUUCGAAAACAUAGAUGGAGUAUGAUUUUAUGCGACAGAGUGUACCGAGGAGUAUAAGUAGUAAAUCAUCAGUCAUUUACUUUCACUUACAAAUUGAUCUAAAAAUCAUAUCAGUACUUCACUUCCUUUCGGUCGUGUUCCAACGAUCGAAUUGUUCAACGGAGUUAUUUUUGUCUAGAUUAUCUGAACGGAUAUAUAAAACCAUAAAAUAUUUUGAAUUCGAUGACUUCACAGUGUAUCAAUUCUAACUCAUCACUUUGAUUGACAGUCAGUAAAAAUAUUCGACAUUAAUAUCUUAGCUUAGGUUUCCUUUUAUAAACUUCAUCAGACUGGUCCCUAAAAUAAAUCAUUUCUUUCUUUCUCAUAUUUCAGGAAAUACAUAGUAUAAUAUGAAGCCAAAACUUCCAAAAACUAUUUCAGCAUGGCAGCUGAUGAGCUUUUUACCACCUGGUGCAGUAGACAUCACAUCUGAAUUACACUUCACAAAGACUAGACGUAUGCCAAACAUAACUCGUCCAGACCAACUACUUAUUAAGGUUAAAGCGGCAUCGUUAAAUCCGGUCGAUUCUUUGCUUGUCUAUGGUUAUGGUUCUUCUAGCUUUCAUUCAUUGCGUCGUUUUACAUCAAAAUAUGGUUGCUUUGGCCUACCUGAUGCCACGACAGCAGAAAAUGCAGACUUUCCUUUUACACCUGGUCGUGAUUUUUCUGGUCAAAUAGUUGACAUCGGUUCAGAAGUUGCUUUAUCCAACCUAACGAAGGGAAGUAAACUUAUUAUUGGUACAAAUGUGGCCGGUGCUACAUGGCCUUUUCUCAGUUCUACUGGAUCUGGUUCAUUAGCUGAAUAUAUUGUCUGUCCAGCCGAUUAUGUCGCUCCAUUACCUAGUAAUGUUUCUUUCAUAUCUGCAGCUGCAUUAGGAUAUGCUGGUUUAACUGCAUGGUCAGCUUUAGUUGAUGCUGGUGGAAUCAAUCCUGUUAUUAAGUCAUCAUUAUCAGCUUAUUCAAUUCUUAUAACUGGCGCCACUGGCGGUGUUGGCAUGAUCGCAGCACAAUUGGCUAAACUUUGGGGUUGGAGAGUUCAUGUCACAUGUCCAAGUGAUAAAAAGGCAUUAGAUUUAAUGAAUCUUCUACAAGUUGAUGAAAUAUUUCCACAUCCAACGAAUAUUCAAACUACAACCAAAUAUGAUUUAAUUCUUGAUUGUAUUCGACCGGAUUAUUUCAAUACAACAACUUCAUCCUCUACAUCAUCUAAUACGCCCCUAAAACAAUGCAAUUUAUCUGGUUGUCUAUUACCUCAACUUCCGUCUAUGCUAUCUUAUUUAAAUACAUCAUCAAGUCGUGCACGUUAUAUCAUGCUUAAUCCACCUUUGUUAUAUUUAAAUGAUCAUUAUGGACCGUUUGUUGGUAGUGGAAUAGCUUGUUCACACUUCCUGUAUAGUAAUAUUGCAGCUGUACUCUCUUCGAAUAAUGUUAAUGGUAAUAUUUUUACUCCUAAUUGGAAGAAAAUACGUUGGGUAUUUUUUAAACCGAAUAGUAAAGUAUUAGAUUAUCUUUUGAAUUUAGUUUCAAGUCAACAGUUAGUAAUUCCUGUUGAUACUGUUUAUAAUUUUAGUCAUGUACCAGAUGCAUUCAAUAGAUUGUAUACUAAAGGGAAACGUGGUAAAAUUGUAAUUGAAGUGAACAAUGAAUAA